AAUUGGCAUAUCAAGAGCAUAUAUAGAAUUUCAUUCGUUUAGCAGGAUUGAGAAAUCUAUCAUGGCUCAAAUAUGGAAGCUUGAGUUUGAAACACAGAUCAAAUCACCUUCAAAAAAGUUCUUUGAUAUUUACUUGAAUAAUUCAAGCCUUUUGCCAAAGAUAUGCCCUGCCAAGAUUCGCAGUGUUCAACUACUUGAAGGAGAUGGAAAGAGUGUUGGUUCUGUCAGACUUUGGACAUACAUCUUAGGGGGCAAUGUGAUUGCAAAGGACAAGAUUGAUGCUGUUGAUGAGGAAAAUAGGUCAGUUACCUUUGCUCUCAUUGGUGGAGAGGUUACAAAUUACUUCAAGUCUUUCAGAGCCACUCUGCAGGCCAGUGGGAACUCAGUGAAAUGGACUCUGGAAUAUGAGAAGGCAAAUGACAAUGUGCCAACCCCACACUCCCAUGUUGAGUUUCUGAUGAAUGUUGCUAGAGAAGUGGAUGAAUACCUCCUCAAAACAUGAUGAACACAUUUGAUCCGAUCCACUUUACCCCUCCUUUUGCUUAAGAUGAUUUAGCUAAGUAUGUUGUUGUUGUCGUUGUCGUUGUUGUGGUAACAAUAAAAGUUAUACUGGUGGUUUAGUAAAUUCUCUUUCGAAAAUGUUAAACAAGUCAAUAUAGUCGUGAGACUCAAGAUCAAGAGUUUCGAAUAAAGUCAACAAGUCUACUUAUAGUGAUUCGAAUAAAGUACUGUAAU